CGCCUUCUGCAGCGCUCUGCAUGUUUUUCCUUUCUUUUUCGCAAUUUUGAGCGUUGUGCUUGACGAGAGGUUCGAGGCAGGUGAGAGCAUCCCGCCCGCCGCGGAGGAGCCCGCGGGCACUUGGCGCGCUCCUCGAGGGUCGUCUGCGCUGGGAGCCUGAAAGUUCUUUUGGUUUUGUGUUUUUAUGCAGAUGUAUUUAUAAAGACAUAAGUAAUUUUUUUUUCUUUUUCUUCUCUUGUCUCCACCGCCUUGAAAGCUAGUACUUUUGGCAAAGGACGGAGGAAAAAGCUCAGCAACAUUUUGGGGGGAGGUUGGAGUUUUUUGGUUUUGUUUUUUUUUUAAGAAAAAAAAAAUUGAGUGCAUCGCGAUGGAGAAAAUGUCCCGACCGCUUCCCCUGAACCCCACCUUUAUCCCGCCUCCCUACGGCGUGCUCAGGUCCUUGCUGGAGAACCCGCUGAAGCUCCCCCUUCAUCACGAAGACGCAUAUAGUAAGGAUAAAGACAAGGAAAAGAAGCUGGAUGAUGAGAGUAAUAGCCCGACGGUCCCCCAGUCAGCAUUCUUGGGGCCCACCUUAUGGGACAAAACCCUUCCCUAUGACGGAGAUACCUUCCAGUUGGAAUACAUGGACCUGGAGGAGUUUUUGUCGGAAAAUGGCAUUCCCCCCAGCCCGUCUCAGCAUGACCACAGCCCCCACCCUCCUGGGCUGCAGCCGACCUCCUCAGCGGCCCCUUCCGUCAUGGACCUCAGCAGUCGGGCCUCCGCACCCAUUCACCCUGGCAUCCCACCCCCGAACUGUGUGCAGAGCCCCAUGCGACCAGGCCAGCUGCUGCCUGCCAACCGCAAUACUCCCAGCCCCAUCGACCCCGACACCAUCCAGGUGCCGGUGGGCUAUGAGCCGGACCCGGCCGACCUCGCCCUCUCCAGCAUCCCCGGUCAGGAGAUGUUUGACCCUCGCAAACGCAAGUUCUCUGAGGAAGAACUGAAGCCACAGCCCAUGAUUAAGAAAGCGCGCAAAGUCUUCAUCCCGGAUGAUCUGAAGGACGACAAGUACUGGGCGCGGCGCCGGAAGAACAACAUGGCCGCCAAGCGCUCGCGCGACGCGCGGCGCCUCAAGGAGAACCAGAUCGCCAUCCGCGCGUCCUUCCUGGAGAAGGAGAACUCGGCGCUGCGCCAGGAGGUGGCCGACCUGCGCAAGGAGCUGGGCAAGUGCAAGAACAUCCUAGCCAAGACCUUCUGCUCGGGUUCACUAAGAAGAGCCCUGCUGAAAUAGUAGAUCUCGGUUUUUCAAGACCACAGGCUCUUGUUUCUGUUUAAUCUGUAAGUUACCAUGCUAAUAAGGUGCACAGAGUAAUUUAGCACUACACUGCAGCUCCGUUCAGUUAUAGGUUGCUUUCCUCACUUUUUAAGUUUUGGUGAUAAUCGUCUUCAAAUUUAAAGUGCUGUUUAGAUUUACUAGAUCCCAUAUUUACUUACUGCUCUAAGUUUCCUUUUAAUUCCACCAACUCAAGCGAGUAAGAGUACUCUCAUAGAACACAGAGUGUGUUUUUGCACUGUCUGUACCUAAAGCAAUAAUCCUAUUGUACGCUAGAGCAUGCUGCCUGAGUAUUACUAGUGGAAGUAGGAGAUUUUCCCUACCUGAGAAUUUCACUGUCUUUUAAAAAGCAAAAAUUACAGUAAUGUAUUUGAGCAUGCCCAGAACAUCCCCAGGACCAGGAAGCAGAGGGAAACGCCAGGUCUAAGAACAAGGGGUUAACUUAUCAGUGUACAGCCAAAAAAUGCAUAUUGGAACAGCUUUUGACAUUGAUGUGUUUGCUUUUGUUUUCUCUCUUUUCCCAUGCCCCCAGCCCCCAAUUUUCUAGUUAACUUUUUCCACAUCCCUCUUGAUAUUCAAUACAAUUCAAUUACUUAAGAUUCAGUUUUCCCCAUUUUUUUGGUAAUGUAUAUAUUUUUGUGAAUUAUACCUUGUUUUUAAAAAUCAGUUAAGUUAAUAAGUUGAUGUUUUGUAAAACCCCUUUUUCUUAGUGGUGUCAUAUUUGAAUGCUUCAUAAAUUAAUGAUUCUGGAGCUUACGUUUCUUAUUCUCUGUUUUCUUUUGAACGUAUGUGCUCUUAUUAAGUGGACUUCUGAAAAAUGAAUGUAAAAGACACUGGUGUAUCUCCGAAGGGGAUGGUGUUGUCACAAACUGUGGUUAAUCCAAUCAAUUUAAGUGUUUACUGUAGACCAAAAGGAGAGAUUAUUAAAUUGUUUUAAUGUUUAUACAGAGUAAUUAUAGGAAGUUCUUUUUGUAUAGUAUUUUUCAGAUAUAAAUACUGAUGAUGUAUUUUGGAAGACAUAUAUUAUAUAUAGAAAGAGAAAAGGAAAACUAUUCCAUGUUUUAAAAUUAUAUAGCAAAGAUAUAUAUUCAUCAAUGUUGUACAGAGAAGUGCUUGGGGGUUUUUGAAGUCUUGAAUAUUUUAAUUUUGUCACUGACACACAGCAUGUUUUCUGCUUCAAAUUAAAAUUUUACAACAGUAUCGAAGCUUGCUGUGACGAAUUCUGCUCUAAAAUAUCUAAGGAGUUUUCUUGUUUUCUAUUAGGUCUCAGAAAGAAAACCCAAAACCACAAAAUGGAUGUUAGUCAAAUAUUUAUUGGAUGAUACAGUGAUUUUUAGGAAAAGCAUCUGCCACAGAAAUGUUCACUUCAAAAUUAUGAGUUCCUGAAAAUAAACAUCACUGCAAGCAUCCCCCAAAAUUCUGUUCUCCUCAAUGGGCACGUGCAUCUUACACAGUAUAAGGUUAAUAUCGGUGCUAUGUGUAUGAUUUAUAAUUUGAUAGCUGUCUUGACUUUAAAGGUGAUUGUUCUUUUGUUUCACUAACUUGUGUUAAGAGAUUUUGCUGUUGUUACAAAGAAACAUUUUCUGCAAGAUUAAAAUACCCUUUUAUCAGUGGGAUUUUCUAGUUUCCUGUGUCCAGAGUAUGCGAUUCUUUAAUGACCUUUAAUGAUUCUUUAAUGGUGAUCUCCUUGUCAAUCUGUUAGCAAUGCUUCUCUCUUACUGUCAUAGUCUUGGGGAAUCUGAAGAGUGGAAUAUUCCUACAGGUAUCUCAUUUUGUCUGAAGCUACAGAUUAUGAUGGGAGAUGGAUGCAUAUUGGAAUUGAAAUAACCUCGUUCAGGUAAAUAACUAAUAAACAAAACCUCUAGCAAACUUAAGCAGAACUGAAUUAGUGGUAUUCAGAGACGCACGUAAACAUGGAGUUGGUCUUUUUAUAGGUAAAGAGACUAAUUGCAGCAGAAUAGUUCAAUAGUCACUAGCACAGAAACAAGUAAAAUCUUUUAACUGGAGAAGUAUUGAAGGAUUGUACUGAAGACCAUCCAAAUUCAUUGAAGUUUAAAAUGGUAACUGAAAAAAACUGUAUUUGAGUACUAGUCUCUGAAAUUAGGUUGCUUGUAUCCGAUGAGCAUCACAGAUGUUUUCUGCAGAAGAAAUUUAAAGAUCAUAAUAAAACUUAUUCUUUGGCGUGCCAGGGGAGGUUUCAGAAACCUACCUCGUUUUAAAAAUUUUUAAAGCUUUGGAGUCUGUAUAGGUGCCUUAUACGUAGGUCAUUGUCACCACACAGAAGCACUCAACCCCUGAACUCACUGCCUUCUGUACAGGGCAGUCAGCUAGUAAAUAAAGCAGUUCUGCUAAAUGACAUGAGAAGGCAUGGCCCAAUUUGGAAUGACUUGGAUCAUCCAGGGUCAGAUGAGUUCUGCAGACUGCAGCUAUUAAAAGAGUCCUGUUGUCAUUUUUCACCUUUUCAUCAUAAACAUCUUUUGGAGAUUAAUUACUUGGCCAUUAAAAAUGAAUUCAAAUCAUAUUAUGCCAACAUCACAUAGACAUGAUUUGGAAUGAGCGGCCUAGGACUCCCUGACAAGGUCACAUCAUCCUUUCGAUUGGACUUGCAAAGGUGAAAACUGGUCAGCCUAUAGUUCUGCUUGUGCCACCUGGAGGACAUAGGUAGGGAAUGGGAGGGCUGUAAGUGAUCACUUCCUCCUCUUGAGAAAGUGGAUGCUUUUGAUCAUUCCAAAACCCACAGUGAGCAGGAUAGUGACAGGCCUUUCAUCUUCAUGUAUGACAGGCCGCUGUGAAACCAUCAUUUGAAGAAGAAGGACCAUUUGCUUGAUGAGCAUGCAGAUGGAAUUCUAGCACUGGGUGGAGAGGAAACAGUGCUAAAAAGCCCAAAGGUUCCUUCCAACUUACUGGUUUUGUGAGGGAGGGAACUCGCAAUGAUUCUAAAUGUACGUUUGAAAGGUCUUGGGUCUGUUUGCAGAAGCGUCGCUAAGAAUUUUAAGUAGAGUCACUCCCACCCCUACCCCCAUCCCAAAUUAAAACAAAGGUCAUUCUGUAAAGUGCAAAGGAGUUUGCCUCCCUUCUUCCUAAAGUUCCUUUUAGGAAAACUUAAUUAGUGUUAAUCAGAGCAGUUCCAGAGGUGGGAGACACCUGCUCUCAGUCUGCCAGCUUCCAGCUAAGGGCUCCUAGGCCCCCACUAGGGAGGCUAAGAUCUCCUCUAGGUUUUCUCUAUAAUUAAUGUCAUUUUUUAAAUGAGCAAAGCCAUGUCUUUAAUCUUGAUGCAUUGGAUUUGGCAACUAAAGGCAGUAAUUUUGCUGAGGGCUAAGUGUAUGUAGAGGAGUGUGUGUGUGUGUGUGUGUGUGUGUGUGUGAGAGAGAGAGAGAGAGAGAGAGAGAGUAGUUAAGGCAUAAAAUCUUUCAUGUGGACCACCUUACCAAAUGUAACAAUGGUCACCGUUAUCCUUUUGGCAACACCACAAAGACUGCAUCUGUUAAACAGGUACAAGUUCACUUGAGGUCGGUGUUUGUACGCCAUGGUUUUGGUUGCUGUUUAUGCUGUUAAGUCCAAAACUUUGUCUGUUAUUCUUAAUGUUUAAUAAAACUUAAAUUGUUUCCUGUC